AUUCAUUUGUAUCAUUUUUCGUUUCAAUCAACUUGGGAUAUGGGAAGAAUCAUUUUUUCACUAAUUGAGACUUUUUAACCUUGUUUUAUUAAACUAAGUGCUGAUGUUGAAAUCUUGGAUUGAAAGUUCAAACUACCAUUUUUAUUGGUAAAUGAACUACUUCAGCUUAAGUAAUUAGUACCCAUAUUUUCGACUGCAGAAUUUUUGUAGUUUCAGAAGAUUUAAACUUCUGAAAAUGAAAUACGAAAGAAGAUCAUAUAUGUCCUGAAUAUAGCUGCUUGUUCAGUAGUUGUAGAUGAUUUCAGGCUCCCAGCAACACGGAGCUUCCGGGAGCACGACGUGCAUUAUUAAGGCCACAGGUGGUGGGGCAUUCAAGUACGCAGAUCUUUUUAAAGAAAAGCUUGGGAUUUCUCUUGACAAGGCAGAUGAAAUGGACUGUCUUGUGGUCGGAGCAAAUUUUCUGCUUAAGGCUGCAGCUGAUGAUCAGAUUCAAGUUAUUGAGAUGAUUAAACUCUUGGAAACAAGGGGUUCGAAGACUUUUUAAAGUUUGGUUCCAACAUUUGUACAAAAUUGUAUAAAAUAUCAGUUAUACAAAUUUAUAGUUGUAUUCUUAUAUUUUAAUGAUCUUAUAAUUUGUUUUCUCACCAAAAGCAGAAAAAGAAAUAUGAUACUCCAAUUUGGGUGCCCACACAGGGCAUCUUUUUUUUU